AACACUAUGCGGAGCAUAUUAAGUAUUACGUUUAUUUUUCAAAUAACUUGUAGUGUAUUAAAUUACAAUGAUGCUAUAAGUAUUAAAUUUUCAAACCUGGAAUGUGAGUCCAAAAAUCAAUCAUGGAUUAUUAUUCACAAUUGUCGACUGAAAGCAGUAAAUAGGAAUCGAGUGGAUGUUAACUUUAAUUCGACUAUUCUUCAUCCAGUGAACAAUAUACAUGUCCAUGGUCAGGUGCUAAAAAAGGAAAAUGGUUAUAAGCCUUGGCUAAUAGAUUACAACGUUGAUGGAUGCGCAUUUUUACGAAAAAAUAACCAUCCAGUCGUAAAGAUGAUCUACGAUCUUUUUAGAUCAAAAUCAAACAUUAAUCACACAUGUCCUUACGUGGGCCCAAUAAUAGUAAAAGACGAAAUAUUAUAUGGAAUACAUCGAGGAUAACUAAAUAUUUUUAUGAAUAAAAUAAAGGC